AUGCGGCAACUCGGCAACUCGGCAACUCAGAAACUCGCGCACCUCCGCGCAGUCGGCUGUUGGCUCCCGAGCCGCGCAGGUGGCUCCGGCCGCCGGAGACCCAAGGAGCCCUCAGGUGUGAAACCCGGCAAACUGUGGGAGACGGCGUCUGAGGGGGACUUUGCCGCCCGACCACCAGGACCUGGGGAGGAGAACCAGAAGCUCCCGACCCCGGGCCCCUCCACCACCAUUUUGGAUACUCGGCAGCGACGCGCGGCAACCCGUUUUUGCCGCGGUGACUCUUUGCCUGUGACUCCGUGGAGACUGAAGCCCCCGGAGAAAUCCGCGGAAGGGACGCGGAGUCAGCGGGGCAACGUGAUGUCCGCUCUGGCAGUGUCCCCACAGGAGCUGUCCCUGCAAGCUGCGCGUCUGGCGAAGGCCUGGGAGGAGCUCAGCCACACAGGUUGGUACUGGGGACGUAUGACUGUUAGUGAGGCCAGGGAGAAAUUAAGAGAGGCGGCCGAAGGAACUUUCUUGAUUAGAGAUAGUUCGCAUUCGGACUUCCUACUGACAAUAUCGGUGAAAACAGCAGUUGGACCAACUAAUCUGCGGAUCGAGUAUCAAAAUGGGAAAUUCAGAUUAGACUCUAUCGUGUGUGUCAAGUCCCAGCUUCAGCAGUUUGACAGUGUGGUUCAUCUGAUCGACCACUAUGUUCGUAUGUGCAGGGAGAAGUGGGCGAACCGAGUAGCCCACCAGAGCGAGGGCCUUCACCUGUACCUGACCAAGCCGCUGUACACAUCAGCACCAUCGCUGCAGCAUCUCUGCAGACUCGCCAUUAACAAACACACCCGUGCCAUCUGGGAAUUGCCUUUACCGACGAGACUGAAGGGUUACUUGGAAGAAUACAAGUUCCACGUAUAAGUGUUUCUUUUUUUUCUAAACGUGCCUCACGUAGACUAUCUCCAAAGGCAGCUAUGUGAAAGAGCCCAAACCUGCCCCGGAUAACAACGUGACAUUCCAAGAACACCUGAGUCAGUCACGCAAAUGCAUGACGGAGGUAGCUAGAUAAAGUGCCCAAGGUAUUUCACCUAAGGCUUCUUUUCCUAAAACUGUGAGCAGCUGAACUUUUGAAGUUAAAAGUUAAACGUCUCAAGUAAGGCUGAAGGGCUGAAGUGACAUUUUCUUUGGAAUGCCUGGCCUUUUGAAGGUUCUUUGUUUUUUUUUGUUUGUAUUUUUGGCUGAAGGUCCAAGUUCCAAAGGACUCCAUGGAGGAGUACUGAAGAAGGGGAAGAAAAUUGACACAGGCUUUACUUUAAUGUUACAUGCCUGGUGCUCUGAGCCUAUUUGGCCAUGUUAUGUUCUGUAUUCUGAUGUCCCUAGGAGUUUUGAUCAUCAGAUGUGCUUGCAGUUGGAGUCCCGAGACAGACGUCAACACAGCAACACUUCAGAGGACUCUACAGCACAAAGGUACCUGCCCUAGAAUUUACGUGGUCCUCUACCUAGGAAAGAAGUUAACAUUGCACUGGACUCCCAACCUGUUCAUUUAGUCGGCGGUAUUAAUUGCCCUUUUACUAGCCAUAAGAGAGUUGGUGUGAAAGUCAAUAAGCUAUGUUUUGAUAAGAUUUCCUUAAAUAUGUUCCUAUUUAUUAAAUCAGAGAUAACAAACAGGCUAGAUUUAAUUGGAAAUAGAAUUUUCAACUGGACAGUGUAUGUAAUGAAAGUAUUACAUGUCUCGGUACAAGACCCCAUGAGUAUUGAAAUCAGAGA